AUGCGUUUCCUGUGCCUCGCGCUGGCGGCGGUAAUCCCAGUCGUCAACGCCAGUCUGCAAGUGGUUCCUGGGGGCACUUGGACAACGUCCAACAAUGAGCACCUCCAAGCCCACGGAGGCGGUAUCAUCAAGGUCAAUUCGACAUAUUACCUCGUCGGCGAGGACAAGACCGGAGGCUCGGCAUUCCAAAAUGUAAACUGUUACUCGUCUACGGACCUGGUGCAGUGGACAUAUGUAGGCGCGCUGCUUAGCCAGGGUAGCUCUGGGGACCUAGGGCCGAAUCGGGUUGUUGAGAGGCCGAAGGUGCUGUUUAAUGAUAAGACAGGGAAGUAUGUGAUGUGGAUGCACAUUGAUAGCAGCAACUACGGGGAUGCUAAGACUGGGGUUGCUGUGGGCGAUACGGUGUGUGGCAAGUAUCAAUACAGGACCAGCUUCCAACCGCUCGGGAAACAGAGUCGUGAUAUGGGCUUAUUCAAAGAUGACGAUGGGAAGGGGUAUUUGCUAACCGAAGAUCGCCAAAACGGCCUCCGCAUCGUCGGCCUCUCCGACGACUACUUAACCGUAACCUCCAACAUCUACCUCUGGCCCGACCACAUCGAAGCCCCCGCCCUGAUAAAACUCAACGGGCGCUACUAUAUGUUUGGUAGCAAACUCACCGGCUGGGACCCCAACGACAACGUCGUCAGCUCCUCAACCUACCUCUCGUCUGGCUGGUCAUCGUGGGCUACUUUCGCGGACAAGGGAAGCAAUACGUAUACUUCACAAACCAACUACGUGCUCAAGACGAGCGACACUUCAGCUAUCUACCUGGGAGACCGUUGGGUUAGCAGUAAUCUCAUGGCGAGUACUUACGUCUGGCUGCCGCUGACCUUCACCGGGACGGGCGGUGUCAGUAUGAAGAACUUCGUCUCCUGGGUCCCCAACAUACUCAACGGGGCCCCAGCUUCAUCGGGCUGGGCCUCACCGCCCGCGGAGACGAGCUACGAGGGCGAGACGGCGACGUAUGGGGGCAAGGCGCGGAAUGUCGAUUGUGGCGGGUGCUCCAAUAAGCUGGCGGCGGGGUAUAUAGGCGGGCUGGAUAGGGGGACUGUGAGUUUCUCCGGGGUGAGGAGCGAUGUCGAUGCGGUUACCACGGUCAGGAUUAAGUAUAUGAAUGGGGAUAAUAAGACGAGGUAUGCGAAUGUAAGGGUUAAUGGGGAUACAGGGAGGAAGGUGGCGUUCUUGCCGAAUGGAGCGGAUCCGAGUUCUAGUACAUUGCAUGUGCCGCUAAAGAGCGGGAGUGGGAAUACAGUGGUCAUUGAGGGGGUCGGAGACGGCUGGGGGCCUGAUGUAGAUCGGUUGAUGGUUCCUGUGCAGUAGAGGGUGUCGAAGCUGUAGUCGAAGGUGGAUCUGAGGCUCCUUCAAUGCCUACAUCAAUCCAAAAGGAUUGAUUGCAUGAGCGUGAAAUACAGCGAGACUCGGCAGUUGGCUAACUUUGCUGCCUAGUGGAUGGGUGUACAAUUAUCGGCCGAUCUAUCUUCAAGAAAUUAUUUAUUUGUACUCUAUAGAUCAGAUGGUUUACGGUUGGGCGAUCGUGUAGUAUUUACCGACAUAUAUACCAAGCCAAACUCAAGUUCAGUGGCAUCCUCGUAGGCUAUGGGCGUUUGCAC